AUGGAAAACUCCAGCAGCGUGAAGGAAUUCAUCCUCCUGGGCCUCUCAGAGGACCAAGGGGUGCAGAAAAUAUAUUUUGCAGUGUUCCUGCUUUUCUACACGCUCACRGUGGCAGGAAACCUCCUCAUAGUUCUCACUGUGACAAGCAGCCGGCACCUGAAGUCACCCAUGUACUUCUUCCUCUGCCACCUGUCCUUCGUAGAUAUUUGCUACUCCUCCAUCACAGCUCCCAAAAUGAUCUCCGGCUUCCUGGUGGAAAACAACACCAUUUCCUUUGCAGGCUGCAUAGGGCAGCUCUUUGGGUUUCAUUUUUUUGGCUGCACAGAGAUUUUCAUCCUGACAGCCRUGGCCUAYGACCGYUACGUGGCCAUCUGCCRGCCCCUGCRCUACCCCGCRCUCAUGUCCCGCCGCCUCUGCGGCCGCAUGGUGGGUGGCUCCUGGGUGGGGGCCUUCCUGCAUUCCACAUUCCAGACCCUCCCCACMGCCCUGCUCCCCUUCUGUGGCCCCAACAAAGUCGCCCACUACUACUGUGACGUGCACCCGCUGCUCCACCUGGCCUGCGCCGACACGCGCGUCGUGAGCCUGGCCACGGUGGCCAACGGCGGGGUGGUAUCCCUGGGCUGCUUCCUCAUCCUGGUCACGUCCUACGUGGUCAUCCUGGUGUCCCUGAGGGGCCAGAAGCCAGCAGGGUGGCACAAGGCCCUGUCCACGUGCGGGUCCCACAUCACCGUGGUGGUUCUGUUCUUCGGGCCCUGCACGUUUGUGUCCGUCCGUCCAUCCGGUGACCUGGCCGCGGACAGGAGCGUGGCCGUGUUCUACACGCUCAUCGCACCCAUGCUCAACCCGCUCAUCUACACCCUCCGCAACAGGGAGGUGAAGGGAGCCGUGAGGAAACUGUGCAGCAGGAAAGUGGGAAGUGGAAAUGGGAAGGUGUAA